AUGGCCUACGACUUCGAUGGCCUGAACGGCGAUAUUGCCGAGGGUCUCAGUGUCAAGAUUCGCGAGGCAACUCCCACCGUCGCCGACUUCUACAUCGACAACCUCGAUCUCGCGACCGCGAAUUCCCUCCGCCGUGUGAUGCUUGCCGAAGUGCCCACUCUCGCUAUAGACGUAGUUGAAGUCGAAAAGAAUACCUCGUACCUCGCGGAUGAGUUCAUCUGCCAUCGCUUGGGCCUGAUCCCUCUCUCCGCAAAGAAUGUCGAGGAUGUUCUCUACACUCGCGACUGCGAAUGCGAACAAUACUGUGAGAACUGUAGUGUCAUGCUCACGCUGCAGGCAAAGUGCACCGGCGACGAUAUCAUGCGCGUGUAUGCGCGCGACCUGGUAGUUUCGGAGAUGCGGGCGAACGAGUGGGUUGGGACACCUGUGCUGUCGGACCCAGACGGUAACGGCUCGAUUAUCUGCAAGCUAAGGAAAGGACAAGAGAUCAAAAUGAAGUGUAUAGCGAAGAAGGGUAUAGCAAAAGAGCAUGCGAAAUGGGCCCCAACAGCCGCAAUCGGGUUUGAAUACGAUCCAUACAACCGGUUACGGCACGUCAGCUAUUGGUAUGAGGAGGACGCGAUGAAGGAAUGGCCCAUCAAUGAACGCAACGCCGCCUUCGAGGAACCCGUCGCCGAAAACGACUCCUUCGACUUCAAUAAACAACCCACACGCUUCUAUUUCAACGUCGAAACCGUCGGUUCGCUCGAGCCUGAUGUUGUCAUGCAACAAGGCAUCAAGGUUCUCCAGCAGAAGCUCGCCGGCGUGAUUCAGGAGCUCAAUGGUGCCAGUGGAGACCAAGAAAUGGGAUACAACGACGGCGGCAGAACCCCUGACGGUGCGCCCAACGGCUACGGUGGUGCAGACCAAGGCUUUAAUACACCAUAUGGAGGGCAUAAUAGUGUAUGGGGUGGUGCGGGUGGUGGUGCAGCUGGUGCGGGCGGCACGACACCUUACGGAGCGACGCCAUACGGACAGAGUAGUACCACGCCAUAUGGGCAGAAUCCGGGUUGGUAG